AUACACACACCUAUACAUACAUUUCAAAAUAAGAAGCCUUAUCUGUUUACAAAUCUUAUCUCUUUCACAUCCCCGGCGAUCAUUCACACACAGCUGACCGCCGGAAUGUGGAGCUAACGCCUUUAAACUGUUUUUUCGAUUCGGUUCGGUUCGAUUGAAAGUGAUUUGACUAUGCCGAUAAGUGAAAAUGAAGUUUAUGUUAUAUCGUCUCUCAAUUUACAACUAAAAUUAUAAUUUUUAUAUGAAAGUUGUUAUGAUAGAUGUAUUAAUUCUUGCUUUCGGCUUGAAGCUUAGAUAGAUCUAGCGAUUCUCGUGUUUUUUUUACUGUUUGAUGUUUACAAAAGACGAGACUAUUUGUUGUUGUUUGAUUGAAUUAUAGAGAUGCCUUUUCCAUCGAAGAUUCAGCCCGUUGGUUCCAGUUCACAUGGGGCAUCGGCUUUUGCGAGGCCAGCGGUGAGAUCGCGGCUCAGGAGGCUCUUCGAGCUGCCGUUCGCCAAUGCGUUGAGGGCACCGGAGAAAGCUGGUGCGGAUGGCGGAAACGACGUAUCCGAUCCGAGUUCGGUUUGUUUAGGUAACAUGGUGAGGAAUUUCAUCGAGGGUGGUGAGAAGCAGAUGAAGUGUUCUCGGAGCAAGUGCUACUGCUUCAAUAGCAGCGAUUCGGACGAUGAAUUCGAUUCUCAUCAUGCUCAUGCAUGUGAAAUUCUCAAGGAGUUGGUGCUGUGCUCGACUGUCUCGGAGAGCAAUCUGUUAGCAGACAUUGCGAAAAUCGUCGACGAAAACAAACUCAUCAACUGCGCAAACGAUUACACCAGAAAAUCGGUUACUGAUGGUCUCAUAGCUCUCGGAUACGACGCUUCAAUCUGCAAAUCGAGCUGGGGAAAAAACGUUUCAUUUCCUCCUGGUGAGCAUCAGUACGUUGAUGUGAUCACCAAAGACGAGAGACUAAUCGUGGACAUCGAUUUCCGCUCAGAAUUCGCCAUCGCAAGAUCAACCAACAAGUACAACGCGAUCCUCGAGAUACUGCCUGAGAUCUUCGUAGGCAAGCCUGAUCGUAUUGAGCACAUAGUGCAUCUCGUCUCCGAGGCGGCUAAGCAGAGCUUGAAGAAGAAAGGAAUGCCUUUUCCACCAUGGCGCCGCGCAGACUAUGUCAAGUCCAAAUGGCUCGCUCCUCACACCCGAACAUUUCCGCCACAGCAGCCACUACUCGCUCCACCAGCACUGACUCUAAUGGACUCGACUGGCUUCACAACUCAUGGCAAAGGUGGAUUGUUCGGAACCAAGAAGGCGACAACUAGUGUUCUGAUGGCGGCUGUGAAGUCUCCAGCGUCUUCCGGCCACAGUGACACCCUCUUCAGCAUGUCUGAAGAAUGAUCUAGAAACUUCUUCGGAAUGUUUCUGGUGUGGCCGGAAUUAUAAUAAUAGUCCAGUAGUAGUAAAGUAGUAGUAAUGUAAAAUGCCAGUGUGUGGCAGAACUAUAAGUACCUAGUUUUUUUUACUUGUAAGGGUCCCCGGCCGGCCAGUAGUAUGAAACAGUGUCAGUCUAAAACAUGUAAAAGAGGCAGCUUAUCAGAUUUGUGUCUUUCAGUUAUGGUGAUGAUUAUGAGAA